CUUUCAAGAUGGCGAGUCAUGAAGAUCAACAAGAAAGCUAAAAAAAUCCGACAUCUUUUUGGGUUGAAAGAUUGAUAUUAGACGACUUGUUUUGCGCGAAAAUGAUUAUAUUAGGACGUAUAUUAGUGUUUAUUGGCCUGAUAGCCAUUCUUCAUGCUGGAUAUUCUGCUGUUCAGUGUAGAACAUAUUACAAGCUUUUAGAGGAGGAAUUCACAUCUUUACCAAUUGAUAUCUACAUCCAGUGUUUACUUGGCAUGUUACUUGGAUGUAUUGGAGUAGUCUUAGUAGCAGGAGAGUUUAAGGAGAUCCGUGCUGCCGCAGAAAUGGCUAGCAAAUCUUGGGAGUCUUUAGGAAACAGACCAUCAUUUUACACUUUUAAUCACAGAGGAAGAGCAAUGUUUUCAAAUAUACCACAGAGUGGUAGCUGGUGACAAGCCACAGAAAAUAUUUUGCCAUCUUUUCUAGAGAUACAAAAAAAACCUCAUUAAUACAUACUGAACAAUUUAUUUGGCUAUGUAAAAUGAAUAUAUACCAAAGUUAAAUACUGCCAUAACUUAGAACCCCUUGUAAUUUUCAUAUCUAGUUAUGUUCGAAUAAGAACACAAACUAGUGAAAGUUUUUCUCUGAACUGUCAGAGUUGUGAUGCUCAAUUAUCAUGACUUUGCAACAUUUUGAUUCUCUGUUUUCUUCGACAUUUCUUUAAAUGUUUUGGUAAUUUUCAUCUCAUUUGAACAGGCCCUCUUUCCCUGCUAGCAGAGCCUAUUUUCCUUUUGUUUUGGUGGAGUGAAAAAAAUAGACUGCCGAUGUAGGACGUUAUACUUGUGAUGCCUGCGUGGUGUAACUUAGCAACACUGUCAUGGUUUUGACAGCAGCUCUCAUCAAACAACGUUUAGUGCCAUGAUGUGUUACAUAUUAUCAUGCGCACUACAUGUAACACGUUAAAAACUGGUCUUAAAACUGGUUUUGUUUGUCUAUGAUUGUGAAUGGCAGUUUAUCAAACAAAACGCUCUACAUCGCCAGAGUCUCCCUCUUCACUGCCUAAAAGAAGGGAGAGAAAGAGGACUCUGCUAGCAGGGAAAGACCCUCUAAGAUAACUGACCAAUCAGAAGGAUUUUAGAAAUGAUCUGGCUUUUGAUGUCCAGCGAAUAGUAUGGAUACAUUACAUAACAAUUAUUUUGCAUUGUACAAUAUAUACUGAGAGACCUUGUAUAAAUUAUAUUUGAAUUGAUAGCACCAUGCUUUGCUAUAUUGCUAUUUAGGCAAUGUAGCAAUAGUAAUCUGGAAGUUAGCUUACCAACAUUAUUGUAAAACAUUUAGAAUAUUUCUUUAAGUAUUACAAGUACAGUUCAGUACUUAUGUCACAAGCAAUUAACCCAGACAUUGCCUGAUCUUAAUACUCUUCUUCUUCUUUAUGCUUCGUGAUCUGACUAAAGGAAAAUGCCUUACAGUCUCUAGUUAAUCUUGAAGCAUAUACAUAAAUAUAUCAUUAAAUACUAUAAAAACCGCAAA